GAUAUCGGGACGAUAAAACACAAAUAGAUUACUCAUAUACAUCAUUACGAGUGUAACGGCCGUGUCUUACUGUUAUCAAUUUUCUUAUAAUUAGGUAGCAUUUAUAUCGAGAAUUAUAAUAUAUGUAAAUAAAAUGUUUUAUAAAACUGCAGGUUUGCGUUCGAAAUGGCAGGUGGUAAAGCAUUUCGCCUAUUAUUCUACUGCAAGGCAUCGAAGAAUAAUAGCAAUUCGGAGAGAAGAUCAAUCAGUAUGGGAGAGGAGAGCACCAUUCUCACCGAUGAAUGUCAAUCGUCUUGUCCGAAAUGGCGUUAAAGUUAUUGUGCAGCCUUCCAAUCGCAGAGCGUAUCCUAUGCAGUCAUAUAUAAAUGCGGGAGCAAUAGUACGAGAAGACAUCAGCGAAGCCAGUGUAAUAUUUGGUGUUAAACAAACUCCAAUCGACCUUUUGAUUCCUAACAAAACUUACUGCUUCUUUUCACACACAAUCAAGGCUCAAGAAGCAAAUAUGCCAAUGUUGGAUGCUAUAUUGGCUAAGAAUAUUCGUUUAAUAGAUUACGAGAAGCUAAUGGAUGACGCGGGUAAUCGUGUUGUAGCAUUUGGAAAGUACGCCGGAGUAGCCGGUAUGAUUAACAUCUUGCAUGGACUUGGAUUACGAUUGCUCGCUUUGGGACAUCAUACACCGUUCAUGCAUAUAGGUCCAGCCCACAACUACCGGAGCUCAAGCAUGGCUCGUCAGGCGAUUCGAGACGCAGGUUACGAAGUUGCACUAGGGAUGAUGCCUAAAUCACUUGGACCGCUUACUUUCGUCUUUACUGGUUCAGGAAAUGUCUCUCAGGGUAGUCAAGAAAUAUUUCAUGAGUUGCCGCAUGAAUACGUCCCACCUGAAAUGUUAAGGAAGGUGGCGGAGCACGGCAGUCCAAAUAAAAUCUAUGGUUGUGAGGUUCGAAGACGGCACCAUUUAGUCAGAAAAAAUGGAGGAGGUUACGACCCUCAGGAGUAUGAAGAACAUCCAGAACGAUACAUAUCUGUUUUCGCACAAAAGAUAGCUCCCUAUACGUCGGUGCUGGUGAACUGCAUCUACUGGGCUGUCGACAGCCCUAAGCUACUGACGAUUCCAGACGCUAAGCACUUGCUUAUGCCAUCACACACCCCGUGGCUGCCUAAGAGUAUUGGCGCUCCAGCUCUACCUCACAGAAUGCUGGCAAUCUGCGACAUCUCGGCAGACCCCGGUGGAUCCAUCGAGUUUAUGAACGAAUGUACUACUAUCGACACACCAUUUUGUCUCUACGACGCCGACAGAAAUAAGGACACAAAGAGCUUCAAAGGGCCCGGUGUGCUAGUUUGUUCUAUUGACAACAUGCCUACACAACUACCUCGCGAAUCGACGGACUUUUUUGGUGACUUGCUCUACCCUUACGCUGAAGAUAUUAUGAGUUCUGAUGCAACUCGGCCGCUGGAAGAACAUAAUUUCACUCCUGUUGUACAAGGAGCUAUCAUUACCAGCAACGGAAAACUUACGUCUUCAUUUGAAUACAUCAACGAACUUCGUAUGGCUAAUAACCGUUCCCGCCAUAAGGUGGAAGGAAACGACCAGCAAUCUCCAGUUGUGAUUUUAGGCAGUGGUCUUGUUUCCGCGCCUGUAGUCGAAUAUCUUGCAAGAGACAAGAAUGUCGCCGUAACUAUUGCCUCACAAGUUAAAGAAGAAGCGGACGCGUUAGCGGAGCGGUACGGCAUCCGGUCGGAGUACCUGGAGGCGAACGACGAGGCAGCGCUGAGCGCCUUGGUAUCGCAGUCGCGCGUGGUGGUGUCGUUGUUGCCGUACGACCUGCACGGCACAGUGGCGCGCGCCUGCGUGCGUACCGGCGUGCAUCUCGUCACCGCCUCUUACGUGCGCCCCGAGGUGCAAGAGCUAGACGAGGCCGCUAAAGAUGCCGGGGUGACAUUGUUAAACGAAGUAGGCUUAGAUCCUGGUAUUGACCAUUUGCUGGCAUUGGAAUGCAUUCAUGACGUACAGAACCAUGGCGGAAGAGUCGAUUCAUUCGUAUCAUAUUGUGGAGGAUUACCUGCGCCAGAAUAUAGUGACAAUGCUUUGAGAUACAAAUUCUCUUGGAGUCCACGUGGUGUUUUACUUAACACUAUUUCUGGGGCCAAGUACCUCAGUAAAGGACAGGCCGUGGAAGUUCUCAGUGGUGGCGAGUUGAUGUCAGUAGCGCGGGAUCUUGAUUUCCUACCAGGUUUUGCGUUCGAAGGAUUUCCCAACCGAGACAGCACUAUAUAUUCCUCUCUGUAUGGGAUUGAAGAUGCGCACACCAUGUUUAGAGGGACCCUUCGAUACAAAGGUUUCGCCGAAACGAUGAAAGCUAUGCAACUUUUUGGAUUCGUUGAUCCGAACCCUCAUCCGACAUUACACCCCGAAGGACCACAAAUAACUUGGCGGCAAUUUGCUUGCGAGCUCCUCGGCUUAAUCGACUCGUCGAUCUUCUACGGGAAUCUUAGGACUCGCCUGUCGGAACGCAUUGGCAGCGCGGGUGCGCAGGCGUUGGAAUCACUCGGCCUGCUAGACGAUGAACCAGUCGUUAAGCGCGGCUCGCCUCUCGACACCGUCUCACAUUACCUAGGGAAGAGGUUGCAAUUAGAAAAAGAUGAAACUGACUUCGUAGUCCUUCGACACGAGAUCGGUGUGACAUGGAGUGAUGGCAAGAAAGAACGACGCGAGGUGACGAUGACGGUGCGCGGAGACCCCGCCUCGCACACCGCGAUGGCGCGAACCGUAGGACUGCCCACUGCCAUCGCUGCAAAGAUGGUGCUCGAUGGGGAAAUUCAACAAAGAGGUGUCGUACUGCCGUUUGCUCCCGUGGUAUACAAAUCACUUCUGUCCAGGCUACGAGCUGAAGGUAUCACAGCAAAAGAAGUUAUCAGGCCUUUGAACUGAAAUCUUAAAUAAUGUUUUUAUUUGAUAUAAGUUGACUGACUGAAUAGUAAAACUAAUUAAACUUAUGUAUUUUAUAUGUUUAAUAGUAUUUUUUAUGUUAAUAUUUAUUACAAAUAUUGUCUAAGAUAUAACGUAGUAAGUACGGUAAAAUGCACUCGAUUAUAAUAUAUCGUGCUGAGCUAAGGAAUGUAAUGCGCGAAGUGAAUUGGAAUACAAUAAUAUAUGAUGAAUAAUAAUAUAUAUGCAAUACUGCACUUCUUUAGAGUUUUAAGUAAACAGCUUAAAGCUCCGGUAGCUCAAUGUUAUACGGGUCGCCUAGCAAUAUGAUAGAUGUAGGUACGAUCCUCAUUUCUGGGCCUCCGUUUGGGCUAUUGCGAUACCCACUUUUCAUUCAAGCUUUGAGGGGAAAAUAGAUAUCGCAAAUUUCCAAAAACAGACU